CUUGUUCCGAGGUCUUCCUCUCCAACCAUUACCACUAGUGAAGUCACUGGUCACUACAUCUGGACCCACUUGCUGACAUGGCAAGCCAGGGGUGGUGCAAGGAAAAGAUUUUGGAAUUGAAUUUACAUGCUCGUCAACCUUUGGUCCUUUAUUUACUUUAUUUGCGAGUAAAUUAAGUUCAGAAGCUGCAGAAUUCAGACAGUCGGUGUUUAGUGUUGGAUCAAGAUCAAGAUUCAAGAAUCCAGAAAUCAAAGUGAGGUUUGAUCUCAAAAAGACCAUAUAUUUAUGUGAUAUGUCUUGUUUUCUAGAAUUCUUGAAAUGUAUCCUUUGUUGCGAAGAAGACAGUUAUGAUGACACUUACUCUAGAACUAGAUCUAGGCCUUUUUGGCUGGAAUCUGGUUCUGAAAGGAAUGGCUAUUCGGUAUGUAAUUCAUCUCCAACUCCAACGACCACAACCCCAUUGUACCGUGACCACUACCAAAUUUUAGCAAAGUCGUCAUUGCCAAGUGCUUCUUCACCUUAUUAUCAAACCAAAGUUGCAAUAGAUUCAUGGAUAAGCAGCUCAGUGACACCUCAAUCUUCAUCUUCAUCUAAGCCGAGCCCAUCUUCCUCUGUGCCACCUCAAUUUUCCACUAAUGAAGUUUCCCACAGUUCUAAAAGUUCAAGUCCAUUGCCACCUGCAUUUUCUUCUAGAUCAAUUCAAUCUCCAUCUAAACAAUCUGCAUAUUCCUACCUAUCCCAAUCUUCACCUAAACCGCCUCCCUCGUCUUCUAGUUCAUCCCCAUCAUCCCUUAAACCUCCAGUUCCUUCUUCUAAAGCGCCAUCAGCUUCUUCUCCAACUUCCUAUAAACCAUCUCAAUCUUCACCAUCUACUUCUAAGCAACCUCCAGAUUUUAAGCCAAUUCUGCAUAUAGCUCCCAAUAAUGUAACAGAUGAAGAAAGGAAGACAAGUUAUAUUUGUGAAAAGGGUACAGCCAUAUAUGCUGUUCCUGAGGAUAUCAAAAGUCUGAUCAAGAGAGACAUUGUGCCCGAAGUUCUGAAGCAGCCUUUGUCUCCUUCAACUUAUAAGGCUUAUUUUGCUGCCCUAUUAUAUGCCGAGGAUUACUACUUGGACAAAUGGAGUGACUUCCAAUUGAAGAAAGUGACAUUGGAGUUGGAGAAAGCAGCAGUUUUUAAAAAAUCAAACAAGAAUAAAUAUUCCAAAGGAAGUAAUGAGAAGGAUGAUAAAAUCUUUGUAGCAUUUGACAUUGAUUGUAUUCGUGAGAAGCGGCCAUAUCUUUUAUCAAGGGAUAUGGUCAAUGCACGACCUUCAGAUAAAAAGGUUGAGCCAUUUCAGGGUUUUUUCUAUCGUGUGGUGAGAAGCAAUCGUGUAUUAGUUGAAUUUGGAGAUGAUUUUCAUUCACAGCAUCAUCCUAAUCGCAAAUAUGAUAUCAGCUUCUCAUUCAACAGAGUGUGUCUAAAAAGUGCUCAUCAAGCAAUAGAAGCUGCAUUUGCAUUAGAUCCUUUGUCCCACAACCUACUCUUUCCUGAAUGCGUCUCUCGGAAGAACAUCCUUAGCCCACCUGCUCUGCUUGAUGCCUAUGAUAAACUCAAUACAAAUGAGUUCAAUUCAGUACGCCGGAUUUUAAGCUUUCGGGGCUCACCACCUUAUCUUCUUGGGGGCGAGCUUGUCGGCACUGAAGUAAAAAGGUCUGUACCUGGACCAAAAGCACCAGCAACUGCAAGAACUGGACUGGUUGUUUGUGAAGCAGUAAUUGAAUUAUAUAAAACCUUUAAAGAGAGUCGGAUUCUUAUAUGUGCACCUACAAAUCACACAUGUGAUGAGCUGACAAUAAGUUUAAGGGAAGUGAUUCCAGACUCAGAUAUGUUUCGAGCCAAUGCUGCAUUUCGUGAGGUAAAAAGGGUACCCGUUGACAUUCUGCUUUCAUGUCCUAUAAAAGAUGAAUGUUUUACAUGUCCUCCACUAGCAAAACUUCGAAAGUUCAAGAUAAUUCUGUCAACUUUUGUGAGUAGCUUUCGACUAUACAACGAAGGUAUACCUGCUGGACAUUUUAGUCAUAUUUUUCUAGUGGAUGCCUCAUCAACCAUAGAGCCAGAAGCAACAAUAGCUUUAGCUAAUUUUGCUAAUGAGAAUACAGCCGUCAUAGUUACUGGUGCACCCAAAGACCGUCCAGGUUGGGUCCGCUCUGACAUCGCUUGGAAUCAUGGAUUGGAGAAGUCAUAUUUUGAAAGACUUCUUGAAUUCAGGCCAUAUAAAACCCUCAAUCCAAUGUUCAUCACAGAGAUGGUCAACUUUGAGGGAUGGUCAAAGGACAUCUAUAAAUAGGUCUGUGUCAUUCUAUUGAAUUUCAUGUUUUGAACUGUUCUUUCAUGAACAGCAAUAUCCACUUGUAUAAAUGCUGCCUCCUUAGUAUCUACCUGUGUUGUGUGUAAACUUUGUCAUGUGUUGUGUGUAUGUAUAUUUAUUACUGCAAAGACCAUCUAUGGUAAAAGUUAGAACCUUUAUUGUCUUC